AUGGCUACAAAUAUAUCAAGCGCAUUGAAAGAUUCCCCUGACUUUGGGGAGAAUCAGUUAGUCUCCGACGAAGUUACUGAAGUCUUUCUACGCGUGCUCAAUGACGUGGCCGCCCCUGUAUUUUCUUUGUUUGGAAUAGUAGCGAACAUUAUGAAUAUUCUUGUGUACAUCAAACUCGGAGUGAAAGAUCCCUCUAAUCUCAGCUUCCUUACGUUAGCACUGUCCGACCUGUGUGGCCUUUGUAUCGGACUUGUAUUUGAGAUAUCUUGUUAUCCGUGGCUAAACAGCAUCCCAGAUCUGACUUUUGAGCCUAUGUCCGUCGGCUAUCUGGUGGCAGCCUGGCCACGAGCGUAUUUUUCCAGAGUCACUUGCUGCAUCACAGUCUUCAUCACGGUAGAACGCUGCCUCUGCAUCGCUUUUCCUCUAAAAGUGAAGGCGAUUCUGACAUCCACAAGGACAUUGCUGAUUCUGCUGGCGUUAUUUGCUGUCUCCUUUUUGGUCAACUUUGUCUCCAUCUAUACUGGAGCCCUGUAUUUGACGUUCAGGUUCAACCCCGCUCAAAACAGAAGCAUCCUAGUCAUGGGCAUCAGCGACACCUACGACAACAUUAACGUAGUCAACGGCACGCUGAACACUGCCACCUUCGUCUUUCUGUUUGCUGUUCUUAUCACCUCAGCGUCUAUACUGACCAUAGAGCUGAAAAGGAAGACAAAGUGGAGGAGAGAACUGGGAACUGUUCAUCUAUCAAAAUUUCAAGCGCUUUCUAAGAGGGACAAGUCUGUCAGCGUGACCAUUGCCAUUUUGGCUUUCGUUCUGACUUUGACCUAUCUUCCGUUCACCGCUAUCUGUAUUGGAGACAUUGUCAUCGACGGCUUUUACACGCACCGAAACUACAGCAAUUUCUAUGACAUCAUGUUUAUGAUAUCUCUCACCUUUGAGUGCGUCAACUCGAGCUCGAGUCUAUUGGUGUAUUAUAAAAUGAGCUCCCAGUAUAGAAAGACGUUUAAACUGGUCGUUUCAUGUAUUGGACAUUUUCAACAAUUUUAA